AUGUCUAUGUUUGGAAAAGGAGAAGGUCCAGCUAUUGGUAUAGAUCUUGGAACAACUUACUCAUGCGUUGGCGUCUGGCAACACGGUCAUGUUGAGAUCAUAGCCAAUGACCAGGGCAACAGAACAACGCCUUCUUACGUUGCUUUUACGGAUACUGGGCGUUUGAUUGGUGAUGCUGCCAAGAACCAAGCCUCCAUGAACCCCAUUAACACUGUUUUUGAUGCAAAGCGCUUGAUUGGUAGGAGAUUCAACGAUGCUUCUGUCAAGAGUGAUAUGGAGUUUUGGCCUUUCAAAGUUCGUGGUGUCGACAACAAGCCAAUGAUUGUGGUCAACUACAAUAAUCAAGAGAAGCGGUUUGCUGCUGAGGAGAUAUCAUCCAUGAUUCUUGUUAAGAUGAGGGAAAUAGCAGAGGCUUAUCUUGGAUCGACAGUAAAGAAUGCUGUUGUAACGGUCCCAGCAUACUUUAAUGAUUUUCAACGUCAGGCUACAAAAGAUGCUGGGAUAAUUGCGGGUAUGAAUGUUUUACGUAUUAUUAACGAGCCUACAGCUGCUGCAAUUGCUUAUGGCCUUGAUAGAAAAUACACCACUGUUGGAGGAAAGAACGUUCUUAUUUUUGAUCUGGGAGGUGGAACUUUUGAUGUUUCCCUUCUCAAAAUUGAAGAGGGAAUUUUUGAGGUGAAAGCUACGACUGGAGAUACUCAUCUCGGGGGUGAAGAUUUUGACAAUACAAUGGUGAACUAUUUUGUACAAGAGUUCAAGAGAAAACACGAAAAGGACAUUAGUAAAAAUCCCAAAGCACUGAGGAGAUUGAGAACAUCUUGUGAGAGAGCGAAGAGAAUUCUUUCUUCCAGUACUCAAACUAUUAUUGAGAUUGAUUCUUUAUAUGAUGGCAUUGACUUUUCCUCCACAAUAACUAGAGCAAGAUUUGAGGAGCUGAACAUGGAUCUCUUUAAGAACUGUACGGAGCCUGUGGACAAGUGUUUGAAGGAUGCUAAAAUGGACAAGAGCAGCGUUCAUGAUGUUGUUCUUAUUGGUGGAUCUACUAGAAUUCCCAAGGUACAACAGCUAUUGCAGGAGUUCUUUAAUGGCAAAGAGCUUUGCAAGAGCAUCAAUCCUGAUGAAGCAGUGGCAUAUGGUGCCGCCGUACAAGCCGCAAUUUUGGGCGGUGAGGGAAAUAUUGAGAAGGUUCAAGACGUACUCUUGUUGGACGUCACUCCGCUGUCCCUUGGUAUAGAGAGUGAUAAUGGACAGAUGAGUGUUGUAGUCCCAAGAAACACUACCAUCCCCACCACGAAAGAGAGUGUCUUUACAACAGUCCAAAAUAGGCAACAAUGUGUAGAGUUUCCUGUGUAUGAGGGUGAGUCAAUAAUAGCCAAACAGAACAGAUUGUUGGGUAUAUUUGAGCUCAAAGACAUCCAAUGUGCUCCAAAGGGAGUGCCUCAGCUUAACGUUUGCUUUAACAUUGAUGCCAACGGAAUUAUGGUUGUCUCUGCCGAGGACAAAUCAACGAAGAAGAAAAGCAAGAUCACAAUCGUCAAUAACAACAAAGGCAGGCUAUCUAAGAUGGAAAUUGCGAGGAUGAUCAAGGAGGCAGAAAAGUACAGGUUUGAAGACGAGGAGAAUAAGAAGAAAUUGGAGGCUAAGGCUGCAUUGAUGGACUAUACACAUGACAUGGAGGAAAAAAUUCCUAGUCUCAGAAAGCUCAAGCGAGCGGACAAGAAGAAAUAUGAGGAUGAGGUUGCAAAGACCAGCCGGUGGCUUGACGAGAACGAGAACCGACUUGCUGAAUGCAAAGAAUACGAGGACCAGAAGAAAAAGCUUGAGAACGUUUGCAAUCGCAUAAUUGGCAAGAUGCACCAGAAUGGGUGUGGAUGAUGGUGCUCCUUUGGCCGGUAGAAGUGGCUAAUAACUUUUGUUUCAUUUGAUUUUGUUAGUAUUUGAUAUUUGAUAUAGUUUGGUUUUAGACUUUUAGUUCC